AUCUACCAUGAUUAAUACUGAUUGUCCAACUUGAAAAUUUUUUUCCACUUUUCAGUUUUCCACUUGAAUUCAGAUUAUUCGUAUUUGUGAACUGUGACUAACUGGUUGAGUUAUUAAUUUUCACCGUUCUAGUGUGCAUCAACUUACGCAACAUUUUAUUGAAUUUUGAAUUCGCCCCAGUAUUUAUUAACAUAUAAAAUGAUGCCUUUGGUCAGUGAUAAAUCUAUUGCACCAUCGUCGGAGAAUAAGCCCGCCGAAGAACCAAAAAAAUUAAAACCUUGUUGUGCUUGUCCGGACACGAAAAGAGUCAGAGAUGCUUGUAUUAUGGAAAACGGAGAAGAAAACUGUCAACACCUAAUUGAAGCACAUAAGGAAUGCAUGAGAAAAAUGGGUUUUAAUAUUUAAAUA